UUUCUGUUACAAAGUAAGUUUUAUGAAUUUUUGAUAAAUUGAAAAUUGGUGAUGCAUGGUCUAAGAAAUCAAUCCUUUCCUUCACUUAUAAAUGCAUCUUGAAUUGACACACAACAAUAAUUCUAACACAAACUUGAAAAAAAGUGAGGAUAUGGAGAUCAAAGUAGAAGAAGAAACAUCCCAAAAUCUUGAUCAAGAAAGGAAAUCUCCCCUCUUAGAAGAAAAUUUAACCCUGCCAGAAGUAGAAAAAAAUCUUAUACAAAAGGCAAUUACUCAAACAUUUCAAAGCACAGCCCACUUAGCCAAUCUUCUCCCUACUGGUUCUGUCCUUGCCUUUCAACUUUUGUCACCAAUAUUCACAAAUCAAGGCCAUUGUGACAAAAUAAGUCAACUUUUAACUAUUGCACUUGUUGGAGUAUGUGGACUAUCAUGUUUCAUAUUGAGCUUCACAGAUAGUUUCACAGACAAGAAAGGAAAAAUUUGUUAUGGAUUAGCGACGAUACGAGGGUUGUGGAUAAUUGAUGGAUCAGCAAGAAUUCCACAUCAAAUUGCAAAGAAAUACAAGCUGAAAUUUAUUGAUUUCUUGCAUGGUUUUAUGUCAGUAUUGGUGUUUGCUGCUGUUGCUUUGUUUGAUCAGAAUGUGGUGAAUUGCUUUUAUCCAAAACCUUCUGAUCAAACAGAGGAGUUGCUUACUGCUUUGCCAGUUGCAAUUGGGGUCAUUUGUAGUAUGUUUUUUGUUGUGUUUCCCACAAAGCGCCACGGAAUUGGCUUUCCACUCACCUCUAAUUAGUGUAGUUAGUGAGGAUUUAUAUAGUCGAUCCCAACUUGCAUGUCUCACCACUAUAAAAAACAUGAAUUUCCGGCGGAUGCUUCCAUCGGAAUGCUGCGAGAAUUAUGAUAUUUACCACAAAAAGUCACAAGCCAUUAUCCCACAGAUUUCGUCGGAAAAUUCCAUCAAAAGUUUCACGUUUUUUAGUAGUGUUUGAAUGACUUG